AUGGGCGCGGCCGCCGCGGUCGUCGCGUACGAGGCGCUGCGCACGGGCGCACUGACAUUCCUGCCCAGCCUGCACGUCAGUCCGCAGCUGAUCAGCCUGACCAGCUUCGCGCUGUCCCUCCUGCUGGUGUUCCGCACCAAUGCCAGCUAUGAGCGAUGGGACGGCGCCCGCAAAACGUGGGGGCUGAUAAUAAACCGAUCCCGGGACAUUGUUCGGCAGGGCCUGACCCACAUACCGCGCGAUAAGCCGGACCUGCGAGCCAUGCUGUGCCGUUGGGUGCCGGCCUUCUCCAAGGCCCUCAUGUGCCACCUGCGCCGCGACAAGAGCCUGCGCCAGGAGCUGCAGGGUGUCCUGCUGCCCGCUGAGGUGGACGAGGUGAUGCGCUCCCAGCACCGCCCAAACUACGUGCUGCAGGUGCUUGCCGAGAUCAUCCGCACCGGCCGCGUGCGUGCACCCGCUGCAAUCAGGAUGGAGGAGAACCUGACAUCCUUUGAGGACUGCCUGGGGGGCUGCGAGCGCGUGCUCAAGACCCCCAUCCCACUCAGCUACACACGGCACACCAGCCGCUCCCUGAUGAUCUGGCUGACGCUGCUGCCGUUUGCGCUGGUCAGCACCUGCGGGCUGGCCACCAUCCCCCUGUGCGGCUUUGUCGCCUUCCUCCUGCUGGGUGAGACCAUCCGCAUUGAGGAGAUUGGUGUCUCGAUUGAGGAGCCCUUCAGUACCCUGCCACUGGCGGCGAUCUGUGGGUCAGUCCUGACCAAUGUGCGGGAGCUGCAGGCGACCCACGCCGCCGACACGACUGGGAGCAGCGCUGCAGACGUUAAUCCCCUGCCCCUGUCGGCGUCGCAGCUGGUGACGCGCUACGGCGUCGCGGCGGCCGAGGCUGAGGUCAGGGGCAUGGACGUGGCCGUGAGUGGCGCUGCGGCCGCGGCGGCAGCCAUUCGUGCGGGUGUGCCGGGCAACCAUGCUGUGUGGCCGCAAAUCAGGGCAGGGUUAGCGGCUGCGCAGUCGUGA